CACUCCAGCAGAAAUUUGACCGUUCUUUCCACCAGCCCCGACGACGGUGCAUGUGGAACAAUUCCUUGAAGCCUUCUGGCAGCGAAAGAGCAUUUCCGGAUCGACACUAUUCAUUUUUGAGACCGCCAACAGCAAAGACGGGAGCAUUGUCAUCGAUGGUGACUCCUGCUGCGGAGAGCACGUCACAGCCCGCCGCCAGGCCGCACAAAAUUCCACGCGCCAUCGAUCUUGGCGAAGACCACGACGCUUCCAAAACCGGGUACGGUCCGAAUUUCUUUUCCAAAAUUCUCUGGGAUAUCGACGACCGCACCAAUUUUGCUAGAGCCAAGGAGGCUGUAGAGACGCUUGUCCUGUGGAUGACCAAAAUCAGCAGACAGCAAAACCUUUGUUCGGAGUCUGGCAACAGAGACCACCAAGAAAACAGCAUCUUCCAGAAAAGGGAGAAUGCUUGCUCCGUGAUGAGGGAGUUCUACAAGCUCGAUGGAAUCCAUUGCCUUCUCAAGUUUCUUGAAACCACGAUCGAAACGGAAUGCGAAAGUUCGGAUGAGCAAGGAGACAGCGAGGACGAAUCCUAUAGUGGCAUCGUAGUCGAGAAGAUACCCCCGGAAGAAGGAAAACAAGAAGAGGAGACCCGCACCAACGAUCCCUCCAUCGCGGCCGGUCUCUGCUUCGUGCUGGAGACUUGCUGCGAGUGGGACCAUGGAGGGGAAUUCUGUCCCCCGACCGAGAUACUGAACCGCGGCGGCAUGGACACCUUGGCUGCCCUCAACGAAGCCUAUCUGGACAGGGUCGUCCUCUGCUCGGCCCCCGAACGAAUCAAGACCCUGGAAUGGAAGGUUCUCACGAGCACGUGGAGGAUUUUCGAGUCCGUCGCGUCCUCCGAAGACCGCGGGCACGACGAUCGGCAGCGGCAGCAGGCCUUUCCCGGGAUCUUCGUCGAUUCCGCCAUCGAUGCGCUGGACGCGCUGAACGGGUACCCCUGUGGCAGCUGUCGCGGCGACGAGCCCCCGAGCGGACAGGGGACCGAAGCGGAGGAGCGCUUCCUGCGGCAGAUCCACUGCAGGGUGGUUUCCGCCCUCUCGCACUCCCUAAAGGCCGUGAGGCCACCGCACAAAACCCCGCGGGACACCGCGAGCUGCCUUCGGAGGGCCAUCUUCCGGGAAAACCUUGUCGUGAAAUGCAUCCAGGCGUGUGGGGAUCCGGGGAAGGGGACCGAGACGGAACUGCUGGGGGCCACCGUGUCGUUCCUGACCGAGCUCUUGUCGGAAUGGGCAAGGGUUCCACCAAUCGGCAGCGAGGCGACGCAAUCCGCGUGCCACAACCGUUCUGCCGGCCGACCGCCGCUCCUCUGCCUCCGGCCCGCCGAGUACCGGCAGAUCGUAGGAUUUGCGAGGGGGCAGAUCGAGGCCUCCCCGGAGCGCGCCCUCGAGGCGGGCGUCGCGGAUCUCCUGGUCCGCUACCUGUGCAGGACCCCGGAAGAACAGAUCACCGUGCUGGAAGCCUACGGAAAGGAAGCAAAACUAUCGUUGGUGGAAACCCUGGUCCACCGGGAUCUGCUCGAGGUCCUAGGGGACGGGUUAGGAACAAGGAAAUCUAACGGAGGCACAAAACUAAACGCAGCUACCAAACUGCCAGGGGUUGAGGCAACGCGCACAACAGCAUCAGCAUCAGCUCAAACACCAACACCAACACCAACAGCAGCAGCAGAAACACCAGCAACAUCAACAUCAACAUCAACAGAAACACCAAGAGCAACUGCAGCACCAGCAACAGCAGAAACACCAAUAGUGACAGCAGCAUCAGAAACAACUGCAGCAGCAACACCACCACCAGCAGCAAUCCCCGGACAACACCCUUCCAUCCCUGGAGAGGUCUGAUUGCCCCCAGCUCCCGACCGUUCAAUGCGAGGCAAGGCGCGGAUCCGAAGAAGGUGAAGCCGGAAGGAAUCGAACCACACAAUUUUGUAUAUGAAAGCACAGCAAACGAACUAAGAACCAUCGAUAGAACGCAAUUUU